AUGCAAUUUGCAUUACGAAGAUUGAAAAGGUUGAACUCUUUGCAUAACGUCCCACGUCGACGGUGGAUAAAUUCAUCUCUCAAGACGGUUCCUGUUUCUGUAUCAAAAUGGUCAGUUUAUAAGUGGCAUGAUGUUGAUGAUAUUAGUAGUACAAAUAUAUCAUCCGAUGCUAAUAAUUCCAAGGAUAAUCAUACAGACAUCGAUCCUGAAAAGCAGGAAAGAAAUGCUAAUUUGGGCUCAACUGUAGAACAAUUAAGAGAACUUAUACCCCAUAUCGGUUCUAAUUCACUUCCAAAAUCUUUACUUUCCCCACAUAUUUUACUUCAAAUUUGCCCAACUCACUUUGAUGAAUUAAAUUCUUAUCUUCCAACUAUUAAAGGAUACGUUCCUUACUAUGCCACGUGUAAAGUGCUCCAACUUGCACUCACGUCUAUUGUCUUGGCGCCUAGUGUUCAUCUUCACAUUCAAUCAAUAAGAUCAUUUCCGCUUGGUACGGGGGGGCCUCGAUUACCAUCUUGUGUAUACCCUGAGGCAACUAAAAUCGUCGUUCGAUGGACCACAUCGUUGGAUGGUCGUACAGAACUCAAUCUGUACUCCGAUGCGUUGGACCGUCAAGGUCUGCAUGUUCCACACGGAUGGUCAAAAGUCAAACCAGUCGAAUUCGUCAACAAUGGUGAUGAAUCAAAACAUUUUGCAUCGUUUACAGAAAAGUUGAUGGAAUUGUCCACCAGUAUUAAAUUAUUGGCAAAGGAUAAAGAUUUAGAUCGAGUUAUAUCUGGAAUCUUUGUGUUUGAGUUAAAUGAAUCCAAUGAUCAAAUUAUUGUCCAUACCAUCGAAGAUAUUAAUAUCCUUGAACGUACUGAGACCCAAGUAGAUGGUGAGUUGAGAGUUUGUUGA